AUGGUCUCUUUUAUUUCCUACAAAACCAAUCUCUGGCAGAUAAUUGAAUCGUACUGUGACUUACUAGAAUACAAUGGAGGUGGAUUUCGCCCUAGUAUGUGCCAAAGUAUAAACACUAACAUUGCAAAUCUGGUUUCCCACGUAUAUCUCAAAAUCACAGAGAUGUAAAGGCUUAUUAGAACGUUUCAAUCACAAUUUUAUCGGCAACCAACAGCCUGGACUAAUCAUUAUGCGGGAAAACGUCACACCUUCAAGAUACCAAACAGGAGGUGGUUGGUCGAUAACCAUUUGAUAAACGAACGGGAUGAAGGAUCUGUUAUUUUCGUGAAGAAAUUCGAGGUGUUUGUACCAACACAAAAUGUAACAGAACGCAUGGUGUGGGUUGAGGUGCGAAUUUACAUCACCUAAUGAAAAAAAUUACUUCACAGUUCCAGGAAAAAGUUUCGUCGUUGAGUACAUGGAGGAAACUGAUUCCUGCAGAAAAGAAAGCGAAGCUUUGACAAACCCUUAUGGCUCCAGUUUACCCAAGCUGUGUGCACUGAAUUGUGACGAAAACAACUGUCAGGAGCUUUUGCAAAAGACGGCUUUGUUCGCAUCAGUUUAUUUGCAAUGGCAUGUCAGUCCAGUUCCUGAUCCAGCAACGGUCGUGAAUCUAAAAGUUCAUCAAGGAUUUCCAUGA